AUGAAUCGCGUCAUAGGAAAGGUUACCAAGACGAGAGACCUUUCGCGGUUAUGGCCAUUUCCGCUCACAAAGCGUAUUCCGAAACUAUCUUCUUUAUCUUUCAAAGAGAGAGCUUCGAAAACGCGUAAAUGUGACUCUAAAUCAUUGGUGGCGGAAGAAAACUCGAUCACGAUAACUGCAAGAGAAUUAUCAAAUGGUGGUAUGAAGAGCAUGCAUAAAUACACAAGUUGUAAUCAAAGGAGCGGUAAUAGAGGAGGGUGGCAUAAUCCCGUCCCGAAAGGCAAUCUCGCGGUGUAUGUGGGGUCGGAAUUGAAGAGAUACGUGAUCCCAACGAGCUACCUUGGGAUGCCGGAACUGAGGGUGGUGAUGGAUCAAAUGGCGGAGGAAUACGGUCAUCAUCAAAAGGAAGGAGGGUUAAGGAUUCCCAUAUGCGAGGAACAACAGUUCGAAGAGAUAUUGGCGAGUUGUAAAAGAAGGCAACAAAUCAUGUCAAAGACCAAGAAAGGGAAACUAAAGAAACACUAUUCGUUUCAUUUGUAG